CACAUGGAUGGAUCUGAGCGCUCCCACUUGACAAAGCUACAGCGCGUCUGGAAACCAGGAACGGAGCACGGGGCGUUUUGGUGGAGAAACCGUCGACAAGAUCAACUGUGCGUCUUUUACCCGCACCACUGACUGACAAAGAACUUCAGCAACCAUUUUUUUUGUUUGCCUUUUAUUGUCUGAGGCGGCCAGCUCCCCCCCUUUCCCUUCCUCUCUUUCUCCAAGUGAACUUUAUAGGGAUGUUAUAUCAGAGCAUCCCCGUGCUGAACGUCCAGACACUGUUAAAGUAAACGGACGUGAAGAGUGAACGACUGGAGAGACUUGCUCCUCUUCUACUUCUACUUUUUUUUGUUCGGGUUGAUACACAAGAAAAAAAGAUACGGAUAGACAGAGUGUGUGUGCAGGAGCGAGCGAGCGAGCGAGAGAGAGAGAAAGAGAGAGAGAGAGAGAGAGAGAGAGAGAGAGAGAAAGUCGCACAGGUUUUUUGGAGCUACGCUUUCAUGCCGUCAGUCUUGCGGACUCUGAGAUGGACGUCAGAUUUUAUCCAGCUCCCCCUUCAAGCGUGGGUUCAUGUACGUUACCGACUGACUCCGGUUUGGACUAUUACCACUCCAACAAGAGCAGAUACGGUGCUGCAGAUCGAGGUGUGAGGCUCUACAGCUCCCUGCCCAUGCGCCCAAACCCUGACGGCAAGAGACUGCCCUCUACUGGGUUUGAUGGUGACAACAUGUACAUGAAUGAAAAUAACCAUGAGUUCCUCCCGCCAAACCAGAGCUACACAGGUCAGACUGGUGGCGGCGGGGGAGGAGGCGGCGGUGGCGGCACUGCCAGCGGAAAUGGAGCCGGGGAUGAGGACUACGAGAUCCCUCCCAUCACUCCACCUAACCACCCCGAGCCUCCUCUUCUUCACCUGAUGGAGCACGACUCUACAGGCUACCUCUGCCACUCGCUGCCACACAAUGGGCUCAUCAACCCGUACUCCUACCCAGAGCUGCCCACACUCAUGAUGUCUAACAUGCUGGCGCAGGACAGCCACCUCGUUUCCAGCCAAAUGCCCUCGAUGCAGGAGAUGGCUUUGCACCACCACCAACAGCAACACCAUCACCAGCACCCAGACGGCACUCAUUAUGAUCCCGCCCGUAACCACCCCCUGAUAAACAGCUCACCUCCGAUACUGCCCAACCCCAUGAGUGCACUGUCCCAGCUAAACUCUCAGGUCAGCCGGAGUGCACUGCCUCAUGGCUCCCCCUCACCUCCCGGAAGUAAAUCGGCCACACCCUCCCCCUCAAGCUCCAAUCAGGAAGAGGAGACUGAUCCUCAUUCGAAGAUCACAGGCGAGAAGCGGCCGUCUUCAGAGAUGAUGAAGCCCAAGCCCAAACCCCAAAAAAAGAAGAAGAAGAAGGAUCCCAAUGAGCCUACAAAGCCCGUGUCAGCCUACGCCUUGUUCUUCAGAGACACCCAGGCAGCCAUUAAGGGACAGAACCCCAAUGCCACCUUUGGUGACGUAUCCAAGAUAGUAGCCUCCAUGUGGGACGGACUCGGAGAGGAGCAGAAACAGAGCUACAAGAGGAAAACAGAGGCUGCUAAGAAGGAGUACCUGAAAGCCCUGGCCGCCUACAGAGCCAGCCUGGUUUCCAAGACAUAUAAUGACCCAGUGGAGACAAAAAGUGCCCAAACAAGCCAGGCUUCUCCACAUAUGAUGCCAGCCAACCCACCCCUGUACAGUGUGCCACCUCCUCCCCAGCCGUCGUCGCCCUACCUGGGGCCCGGGGCCUUCCCUCUCACCGACCUGCAGAGCUACGCAGGACACGCCCCUCGCCACACCCUGUCGCAGACGCUCAGCCAAUCGCAGAUGCUGCCCAGCAUUAGUGCCUCUCCCCCUUCCUCCUUCCAGAUCAGCCCUCCCCUUCACCCCCACCAGCAGCUCUCCCUGCACCAGAGCUCGCUCCUCAACCAGCCUAUCCGCAUGCAGCAGGUCCAGUCCCAGCCAAUCAUCCCUCACCAGAUGGGGCUGCAGGCCUCUCUUCACUCCCCACCUCCUGGGCAGCAGGGUUUUUCUCACCUCCAGUCAGAGUAUCAGAAGAGCAUUGGGGGUUCCCAGUCUCCAGGAGCCCCUGGCCCUGGUCCAGGCCCUGGAGUGGCUCAGAGCCAUGACUGGGACAGUGAAUACUGCAAUCGGGAGUGUGGCAACCACUGCAGUGGCAGCAUGAUAGGCAGGGACAAGCCACUCUACCUCACCUGAAACUGAAGAUCAUACUCUGUCGACAAAUACGACACCGAGGAGUCUACUCUCACCACCCCUUCCCCUUCCCCCUCUCCCACCCCAACCCUCUUCUGAUGCACACACAUACAUACAGUGCACACUCAACAUACAAUUACAUACUAUUACAUACAUGCACACACCCACACACCCACACACACACACACUUAUUCUGCCUCCCAAACACCAUUACCACCACCUUUUUUUGUCAAUGUAACUAUCAUUUCUCUCAGUUUCUAGAAGAAUUUGUGACCAGAGUUUUUUGACUAGAUGACUACUGUCUGUACCACUUAAUGUAUUAGCAGUCCUCUUGCUGUUUAAAUUUGCCAAGCACUUAUAAAGCCCCCCCCCCUUCUGCUCUUCCCUACUGCUGCCCACCCAAUCCCCCCCCACCCUUCCCUCCUCUCUCUUGAGUUGUGUGUCUGUGCCCUCUCCGAUACAGGCUGGGCCGUUGAGCACUCCUCUUCUAUGUCACCAUCGAAGUCCCCUCAGGGACCCCAUCCAGCUUUAAUUAGAAUGAGAAGAAAAAAAAAACUACUCUUCCUCUUCUUUAAUCAUUUUAAUUUUACUUUUGUGUUUUUUUUUCUUUUUGUUGUUGUUGUUGUUGUUGUUGCUGUUUUAUUUAUUUCUGGCUUGCAAAAUUGUUCUUUUUUUUCUUUUCUUUUUUUUUUUUUUUUUUGCCAAUAAGCGUUGGGCCCUGUACUGUAGAGAAAUAUUAACUUCUAGUAGGUUCAGCACAGGCCUUGAUGUUAUGGUAGCUUUGCUUAAGGGCCUGCAAAUUAAUACAAAAAGCUUGGGUGGGGAAGAGAAACAAAACAAAAAGAAUCUUUUUUUAAUAUUAAAGACCUGUUUAGGUCUACUGAGCUGUCACAGUGUGAUUGUAAAUAUCACUUUUAUGGGAUCAAAUUGGGAAUUGGAAGUCCAGAUAGAUUUGUUUCUUCUUUAAUAUUACAUGUAAGUCAUUUUGUGUGUUUGUGCGUGUGUUUGGGUGUGUGUGUGUGUGUGUGUGUGUAUGUGUGUGUGUGUGUGUGUGUGUGCGUAUGUCUGGACGUUAGAAUGUACCCCAUUCAUAACGGUGUGCAGCUGAGUGUGUAUGUGUGUAUGUGCACGGACACACACUUCGCGUGCAAGAGUGUCUCAGUAUUCGAGUGUCGAGUCUUUCUCGUGAAUUUUAACAGCCUUGUGCAGCUGGAUUUCAGAGGAGUAUUUCACACUCUCGUUCUUGCAUUAAAUCUGUGCUCACUGGUGUGUUUUUUCCAAUAAAGUUCAAUCUAAAACUGAAUACACAAUAUGUGUCCUGCAGAUCAUUAAAUGGAAAGAGCCAGGUGAGAGAUGGAGAGGAAGGACAUAGAAAGAGAGAAAGAAAGAAACGCUGGGAGAUAAAAAUGAGAUAUAAUGUUGCAGGUGAAAAAAAAAAAGAAGAAAAAGAUAUUGCCUCAAAAUGCCCCCCCUUCCCCUCCCCCCCUGUUCUUACUUUGUCUGACCAUAAUGUCAAUUUUGUCUCCUCGACAUGCAGAAAUGAAGUAAUGAAAUAUGUGAAUGGAGCCAUCACAUCCACAUUACAGUGAUUUUUAUAAGUUUCUAGUCGGUGUUUGGUUGUAUUGAUCUCAUCUUUUUAACUUUCGUGUGAUUAACAAUGCAUUUUGCUGACGAAGACAUCUGUUUUUAUCUCUUUACUGUAGCAUCAUUUCAGUUUUAGUUGUUACAGAACUAUAAAAUUUUAAGUUGUGUAAAAAAAAAAAAGAAAAAAACCCUGCCAAUUGUAGUUAUUUUAUUUGUAAAGCCAGUAAUAAUAAAUAUUUUAAAUGGUUAUCAAUAUAUUGUUUUCGCUAGUUGCCCAUAAGUCAUUUGACCGGUUUUCUUAUUUAUGAAAGAAAUUAGAUCACGUUUUGCUUCUUACAAUGGAGGUGUAUUUUUAUUCUUAUUUUAUUGUUUGUUUUUUUUUUCCUUUGGUUUGAUAAAAAUGAUGAUGACCACAGCAAUGAUUAUUUCUUUAUUUUAUACAUUUUGGAUGCUGCUCCUUUCUUUCCUUGCCAGCAGCAUCGGUUUGUGUCACAAUGCUUCUUUUAUUUCAAACCUGCAUAAUAAAAAAAAAAGUUAAAAAGUGAAAA